CACUAAUUGCAUUGACGCGAGCAAUGUUUUAUUUGUUGUUCGGUAUAAACUGUAUGUGCGUGAUUGUUUCCAAAGAACACGACUUUCCAUACAUAACCUGAAACAUGAAAGGAACUCACAGCUAUUUACCGACUAUUGAAUUGUUUUGACGGGAGAGGUGUAUAUGCUCUCACUAGACAUAUCUUGCCCGCUGUCCACAAAAGGAAACGGUGUGCUGCUUAUCAAUCAAAGGCAAAAGAUUAUAAGAAGAGGUGGGAAAACCAACGACGACUCCCAGGCCUUUUGGGGAAACACAUCAAAAGGCAAUUAUAAUUGCUGGACUUUAAAAAACCAGAAAUCAUUCUGUUUCUUUUUCCACAACCACCAUUUCCCAUGUCGGCUUCUCGGUUGAAGGAUCGCCAGUUACUCGGUGUCGCCCAAACAGCAACAAGCAAGGAGAUCCGCAGACGAUACAUAGAGCUAUGUAAGAAGCAUCAUCCCGAUGUUGCCCGAGAGCCGUCAGCACAAGGCGAGCCAGAUAUUCGAGACAUUACCGCGGCAUAUCGACGCCUUGUAGGCAAGGACGUCUCUAUGGCCGCAAACACGGCCGCUGCAGCAUGGCAAGAAAGACCACCUGAAGCACGAAAAGGAGCGUCUCCACAGGAGCAGCACCAAUGGACAAAGUGGUCCCUGUUCACCGGCGUUGCGCUGGUGACCACCAUCGUCGCCUACUCCAGGUACGAGCCGCGGAAGAACCACAUUGUCGACCUGGAUCCAGCAAUGCACCGAACUUCUUGGCAACAGCAACAGCCACAGUACGGCAAUGGCUCAAGUUAUCGUCAAUGGCGCAAAAGCUGAAUGGACAAAAAAAAAAAAAA